ACUAAGUGUCUUGAGUACAGCAACAUGAAAGUCUUGGUACUGUUGAGUAUUUUAGCUGGCAUUGCUACUGCUGUGGACUACUGUGCAUUGCCCACUUGUCUGGACAAGCACAUUGCUUGCAACAAUAAAGGAAACUUUAGCGAGGAAUGUCCAAAGAAUGUGCGACAAGUAAAGAUCGAUAUGCAUGAGAAGCUAAUUCUGUCAUUGUUCAAUGAGCUGCGCAACCGAGUCGCUGGUGGUCAGGUUGAGGGUUUGCCCAAGGCUGUGCGCAUGGCCAAAAUGAGUUGGUGCGAGGAGCUUACACAUUUGGCAGUGUUCAAUGUUAGGACAUGCCAAUCGCUGCCUGACAAAUGUCGCAGCACUGAGCGCUUCGCGUAUGCUGGCCAAAAUAAUGCAAUUUUCAGUUAUAGCGGUGCCGAGUCCGAAUACACUGAUGCGGAAAUUAUCAAGGAACAGAUUGAGAACUGGUUUGGCAAGCGCGCAAAUGCAUCGCCCGAAAUUCUUGCAAGCUUUCCUGAAGAGUUGCCCAACAAGGGUGUGGCCAAGUUUGCCAUUGCCGUUGCCGAAAAGAACACACAUUUGGGCUGUGCGGCUGUGCGUUUCUCCAAGGAUUACUACAAUCACUUUGUGCUUACUUGCAACUUUGCCACAAGCAACAUUAUUGGACAGCCUGUGUAUACACCUGGCGACAAGGCUACCUCUGGUUGCAAAAAUCGUUUUGGUGCUGCCUAUGAUUAUCCUAAUCUCUGCUACGCCAAGGAGAUUUACGAUAAUGAGAAGAUUGUUGCCGACAUCAAGAUCUAUGCUUAAACAUGCUUAUGUAGGAAAAUGUAUUUAAAUAUUACUUAACUAAACCAAAUUUACAUCAUUAAUAAAUGCAAA